AUGUAUUUAGGCAUUUGUGCAGGGAAGCGCUCUGUGGCAAAAUAUCUUGUCCAAAAGCACAAUUUCAGGAUUCUUCAGUUAGCAACAGAGGCUUGCCAGCCUGCUCAUUUUGAUGCAGUAGAUCAGCUACACCUUCAAAGUGGUGCCAUGGCUGACACACCUGCUCAAGUGUUCCAAUCGGCUGAUGAUUUAGUCCUUUUCAUCACAGCCCGAUGGCAGGAACACUGGGUAAUCACAGAUUUAUCAAAUGAGUCCCUUCUUGAAAAACUCCUUUUGCGACCCUUUUUCUUACUUGUCAGCAUUGAUGCUCCCAUUACACUUCGUUGGCGCCGCUUUACAGAUAGAAAGCAAUUGGAACCUCCAGAACUUGAGAGGUUUGUGCUGCUGAAUGACCAGCACCAGUAUCAGCAUAAAAAUGGGGUGGUUUACGUGGACGCACAUGCCCACAUCCGAUUAUUCAACGCGUCAUCAUCGAUACACGACCUGCAUGCUGCUUUGGAUGCUCUGGAUAUACUGAACCACCAACGGCUACGGCCAAGUUGGGACGAGUAUUUUAUGCAGCUAGCCUCUUUGGCGGCGCAAAGGAGCAAUUGUAUGAAACGGCGCGUUGGUUGUGUCCUUGUGAAGGAUAGACGAGUCAUGAGCACUGGCUACAAUGGCACAGCACGAAAUACUAGAAAUUGCAAUCAAGGAGGGUGCCCUAGGUGUAACCUUGUGCAAGGAACAGCACAAGCAUUGUCCACCUGCCUCUGUUUGCACGCAGAAGAGAAUGCCCUUUUAGAAGCUGGCCGCGAAAGGAUAGGUGAAGGAUGUAUUCUAUACUGCAAUACGUGUCCUUGCCUCACCUGCAGCGUCAAGAUAGCGCAGCUGGGUAUAUCCGAGGUGGUGUAUUCUCAAGCUUACGAUAUGGACAGAGAGACUGCUGCUAUUCUAGAAGAAGCUGGAGUAAAGCUUCGGCAAUUCUCGCCGCCUUGCAAUGGAUUGAUUGAUAUUAGAUUCAUGUUUAAGCAAUCCUGCAUCCAAGAAUCCCCAGAGUAAAGACCCCUUGACUAUCAAUUAUUGUUUGAUAUUUAAUCAAUAUUUUGCAAACAACGUGCUUGUGAGCAGCCUGGGCAGGGUCAAAUAUCACCAUCAUCACCAUCAUUAUUAUUAGUAUCAUUUAUCAACUCUUUUUCACAAUACAAUUAAUUCUUGUUAUAUUU